CUAACAAAUUAAUCCAGGCCAGACCAAGGAGUGCCCAUGAGUACAUCGAGCUCGGGAAGGCCAGCACACCCAAGGUGAGACCAGGGGCCAUGGCUUUUUUGUUUUAGUAACCACCAUGCCAGGUGUAAGCUAAUGUAGAAUAAACACCAUCUUGUGAGUAUUGUGCCCCGUUAACUUUUUCUCUCUAGAACCUUCAGGAAACUGCGGCUUUAAAACUUCUCAGGUCUCGUCCCAAUCCUAUUUUCUGCUCGAGCUUUCUGAACUCUUCUCAUCUAUUCUACUCUCUUCACUCCUCUUUACUCACCCCUCUUCAUCUAUAAAACCUCAUUUUCUCUGUUUCCUCUGCAUUCAAUCAAAGACAUCAAAGCACAAAACUCUCGAACAUUCAAUUUUGUCUCCGACAAAAACUUCUCAGUUCCUUUUGUUUCGAGUUAAUCAGCAAUGGCAAUGGCUAUCAGAAGAACUAUCACAACCCCCAAUCUCGUCAACAAAAUCUUCCACCCAAUUUGUUCACCAGCUAGGGCUGUUAUUCCAUCAUCAACUCGUUUCUUCAGCGAUAGCAGCAGCACUCAAAUGCAAAAUCGUGACGAAAUUGAGCGAGGAAUUGAUAUCGAUCGAAGAUCUUCGGAUUCUCUCUCUCGCCGCCGCGAUACUUAUCCUAGUCUCUUCUCAGAUGUAUUUGAUCCAUUUUCACCAUCAAGAAGCUUGAGUUCACUGUUCAACAUGAUGGAUAACUUCAUGGAUUCUCCAUUCACUAGCCCUAGAGGAGGACUCGGAAGCGGUGGAUUAAGAAGGGGAUGGGAUGCAAGAGAAGAUGAGAAUUCUCUGUGUCUUAAAAUUGAUAUGCCUGGACUUAGCAAAGAAGAGGUUAAUGUGUCUGUGGAUCAAAAUACGCUCACUAUCAAAGGAGAAGGUGGAAAAGAGACCGAUGAUGAAGAAAGUGUUAGAAGAUACAGCAGCAGAAUUGAUCUUCCCCCAAAGGUCUAUAAGUUGGAUCAAAUUAGAGCUGAAAUGAAAAAUGGUGUGUUGAAGGUUUUUGUUCCUAAAGUAAAAGAGGAAGAAAGGAGUGAUGUUGUUCAGGUCAAUGUAGAGUGAGGAAACAAGCAGUGGUAGUAGUGUCUACCUAGGAACUAGAAAGAGUUUUUGUGUAAGGUCCGUGUUUUCCCUUUAUACUUGUUGUGUCGCGUCCUGAGAUGAUGUAAACCGCAGAGUUAACAUAUGAAUGUGCAGUUUAUCUUUGGAAUAUG